AUGAACCCAGUCUCUGCAGAUGAAACAGACAAUGAAAGAGACAUACCUGCACAUCCCACCUCCAUCAAAAGUGAACCUCUGGAUACCCAGAUUGUCCCAAAUGCAGUCUCUACAUCCUCUGUAGAUUCAAAUCAUGCUUCAGCUUCAGACAGUAUGGGCGAUUGUUCGAAUUUCAACAAGUCCGACGUGACAAAGCGUGACUCUGCCAAAAUCGAACCGUUUGGCCCAGCCGUUUCUGACGAAACCGAGCGGAGCUCGAAAUAUGCUGAGUCAGAAACGACUGGUCUAUAUCGAUGUUCGACGACCGGUAGCAAUUGUACCGCCUUUGAGUUAAACGGCGCUUUGGCUACAAUCAAUUAUUCUUCGACACGAGCACUCUUCCUCCAGGGCAACACAGGUACUGUUAUCGGGGGUAUACUACUCAUCGGAGUCGUUAUGUUGCUCAUUUGUCGCAUUCGACGUCACCAACGACGGGCACCAUCGACUGAUGGUAAACUUGUCGACCCAUUUGUCCCAUCUGCCAGUUCGAGCGGAGUCGUAGCGCAGGAUUCCUCAGUCCCACUUUCCAUGCUUCGAAAGCCGGAAACUAUAAGCCCAAUAUCACGCUACGGUUCUUCGAAGGCGCAUCCACCGUCGACACCUUCCACCACGAAUUAUAGCGCCAGGUAUAACGAAAACCUCAUCUCGGCCACGUCAACCGCCCCUUCCUCGAAGCUCGCAGCAAUGGUAGGUGUUGGCAACAGCGUAUCUAGAGAUGAAGAUAGUCGGCGGCAUCGCAUACCCAUGAAUCAAAAACCCCUUCGAGACGGCCUCCCCAAUACACUCCUACGUGACACCAAAGGAUCUUGUGGCAAGGAGGCUCAUGGUGAUAUAACCUUUGUCUGCGGUUCCGGAGGUGAUGGUUCGGAGGAAGGAGGUGGGGAGGCCGGUGCAGUGAGCGCUUUCUUGUCUCGCCGUCUAUGA